AUGCAAAAGAAAUUAUGUUUCGCGCUGUCAUUGACUGUGCUUUGUUACUGGACCGAGGCAUCGCCCGCCAAGCUGGGCACGUUGGAAUUCGACAAACUGGACACUGAUCUUGACAACCUGAAGUACGAGGUAGAAGAAGAGGACCUUGAUGACUUCUCCAAGCUCCUUGAUGAAGAGGAUCAAACGAAAAGUGAAAACGAUAAAGCGAAAGAGAAAGUGAAAACAUCGGCGUUCAAAAAAAAGAACACAACAAACAAGGGAUCGAAGACCAAAUACGAUCUUGAAGAUUUGAAGAAGUUCUUCAAGACUCUCGGUGUUAAAGACCAAGGCAAAUAUUAUGAUGAUAAUUUGUACGCUGCUAUCAAAGCUUUAGUUGGUGAAGCGGUUGGCGUCAAAGGGACUGAAGAUAGAAAGUACAAGAAGGGCACAAAAACUAGAGGAUUUCAUAGAGUCCAGCACAAAGAUGAGUACAAGAAAGAUAAGGAGUUCUAUGAAGAUGAUGAAACCACUGGGGAAAUUAACAAAGUCGGUGGAAAGGCUCUAGGUUACGAAGUUGGUGGUGGGAUUGGGUUUAAUAAGGGGCAUUACAACCAUAAACGUCUUAAAGGAGUUUACGGGAAAGAAGGUUUUCUUGACAAAGGUUACCUAGAUAAGAAUUAUAAUAAAUUCUCUGAUGAUCAAGGCUUCGAGGGAACUUAUAGUAAUGACAGUUAA